AUGAGCGAGAUCACCAACGCCGAAAAGGUGCGAAUUGCGUCGGAUUUCAUCAAACACGCGCCGCCCGGAGAGUUCAAUGAGGUUUUCAAUUCGGUUCGUAUGCUGUUGAAGGAUGACGAUUUGCUGAAGGACAAGUGCAUCCACGCCAUCUCCCAAUACAACGUCGAGCAAUUCGUGCCGGUGAAACUCGACGGCGUCGCGAAGCAGACGCUCAUCACUCAAUUCAACGAUUUGGGCAAUGGGCGAUUCUACGACGAGGUGUCGAAGAAGAGCUUCAAGUACGAUCACGUGCGCAAAGAGGCGUCCGAUCUUCAACCGCAUCCGUCGGAAGGCGGCGUCGUCGAGCAAUGGCGUGUGGCGCUGCAGAAGGAGCUCGACACCUACAUCGAUGAUCAUUACGCGAAAAGUGGCACCGGUGUGGUGUUCGCGAGGAAUGGCGCGUUCACGAUUUGCAUCGAGUCGCAUCAAUUCCAGCCCAAAAAUUUCUGCAACGGUCGCUGGCGUUCGGAGUGGCACGUUCCAGUGGGAGACGGAAAAUCGGGAGCGCAAGAGUUGAAGGGCAAAAUUCUUGCUCAAGUCCACUAUUAUGAGGAUGGCAAUGUGCAAUUGUUCUCCGAAAAGGAGCCGAAUGUUAAAAUUCAUGUCUCGGCCGACUUUGAGAAGACCGCCAAAGAGGUGUUGCACGCCAUCGAGGAGGAGGAGACGAAAUACCAGAACGGUGUUCUGGAGAAUUACGUGGAGAUGUCGGAGACGACAUUCAAAGCGCUUCGAAGACAAUUGCCGAUCACUCGCGCGAAAAUGGAUUGGAAUAAGUCGCAGACCUACCGAAUCGGACAAGAAAUGAAGUAG